CUAACUUUGUUCAGUUUUUGGCUCUCUCAGCUCUCAAAGCUCAGUUCUAGUGAAGUCCGAGUUGAAUAAACUCACCUGGUGAACUUGUUGUCAGCUUUUGGUCAACACCUACCAACGCGGCUGACAGAGUAAAUCUGAGAUUCGAUCUAUUUUCGUGCUUCCACCUCUGUUUUGAACUCCGGAGAGUCUGAUAGAUUGAAAAGAAUUGAUAAAUUGAAGGAGAAGAACGGCGAAAAGAAAUAUACAAUGGCUGGGAUUGGAUCGGAAUGGUUGGAUUCAAGGUUAAUCCAAAUGGUUGUGAUUGGUCUUCUUCUUAUUGCUCCGGUGUUUGUUUCGGCAAAAGAAAGCUUGGAGCAAGAAGCUUCAAAUUACAAUGUGAAAGUAUUGAAUAUUUCCUUAUGGCAACCGGGUCGAUUGGGUUACCAACAUGUUUGGCCGGCUAUGGAAUUUGGCUGGAAAAUUGUUGUCGGUACCAUAAUAGGAUUCUUUGGAGCAGCUUUUGGAAGUGUGGGAGGAGUUGGUGGGGGUGGCAUUUUUGUUCCUAUGCUCACCCUCAUCAUUGGGUUUGAUGAGAAAUCUUCAACAGCUAUAUCAAAAUGUAUGAUCAUGGGUGGAGCUGCUGCAACUGUUUUCUACAAUCUAAGGCAAAGGCAUCCUACACUUGAUCUGCCAAUCAUUGAUUAUGAUCUUGCACUUCUGUUUCAACCAAUGUUGAUGCUGGGAAUCAGUAUUGGAGUUGCCUUUAAUGUGAUUUUUGCUGAUUGGAUGAUCACAGUCUUCUUAAUUGUCAUCUUCCUAGUAACUUCAACUAAGGCAUUCCUCAAGGGUGUUGAAACAUGGAAAAAGGAAACCAUAACUAAAGAGGAAGCUGCUAGAUACCUUCAAUCAACAGGUAGUGAUGUUGAAGAGGUCAUAUACAAACCUCUGAAUGGCAUUCAUUCAGAGACCAAGGAAUCUGAAAAGCGAAAGGUCUACAUUCUUGAGAAUAUUUACUGGAAGGAAGUUGGACUUCUUUUUGCUGUCUGGAUCAUUAUCCUUGCACUGCAGAUUUCAAAGAAUUACACAACUACUUGUUCAGUGGCAUACUGGGUAUUAAACCUAUUGCAGAUCCCAGUUACUUUUGCAGUAACUUCGUAUGAAGCUGUUAAUCUGUACAAAGGACGGAGAGCCAUUGCAUCAAAGAGAGAAGAUGGCACAAAUUGGCGAGUGCACCAGCUGGUUCUUUAUUGUGCAUGUGGCAUAUUCGCUGGCCUAGUGGGUGGGUUGCUUGGUCUUGGUGGAGGAUUCAUUUUGGGUCCGCUUUUUCUGGAACUGGGAGUCCCUCCUCAGGUGUCAAGUGCCACAGCCAGCUUUGCCAUGGCCUUUUCCUCGACCAUGUCUGUCGUAGAAUAUUACCUUCUGAAACGUUUCCCAGUUCCUUAUGCUCUCUACUUUGUUCCAGUCGCAGCCAUUGCUGCCCUUGUAGGCCAACAUCUGGUACGAAAGGUGAUCGCAAUACUCGGGAGAGCAUCGUUGAUCAUCUUCAUUCUGGCUUCUACGAUUUUCAUUAGUGCUAUAUCAACAGGUGGGGUGGGCAUAGUAAAGAUAAUUGAAAAUAUUCAGCAGAAGGAGUAUAUGGGGUUUGAUGACAUCUGUACAUAUGAAACAUAAUCUUGAACGUUUUUUCCCUCCUGUUAAAAAUAAGGCAUG